GACGAAAUCUUAACAACAAAUUCAAAUUACACACUGAAAACAUACCUUAACCGCGACCAUGCUUGGCUUCUGCGCUGCUCCUUCAUUUCUCCCGGAUCGGGACAUACCCGAUCUUAGCGGAAAGGUUGUCAUUGUGACUGGAGGCAAUGCUGGACUAGGCUUCGAGACGGUGCGACAACUCGCAAAGCACAACCCCGCGCGCAUCUAUCUUGCCGCGCGAUCCAAGGAGAAGGGCCAAGCGGCCAUUCAGCAACUGAAAGAGUCCGAAGGGAAUAUCGCGCCGAUUACCUUCCUAAGCCUAGAUCUGUCUUCGUUUGAGAGCAUCAAGGCGGCUGUCCAGGCAUUCCAGGCUUGCGAGUCUCGUCUCGACAUUCUCAUCAACAAUGCCGGGAUCAUGAUGACGGCUCCAGGCCUUACCAAAGAGGGCUAUGAAAUUCAGUUCGGAACCAACGUUAUGGGCCACGCUCUGUUCACGCAGCUCCUUUUGCCCACGCUCCAGGAAACGGCCAAGAUCAACCCCGAUGUCCGCGUCGUCACUUUGUCUUCGGCCUCUGAGGCCAUGGCCCCGGCCGAUUUGUAUCCCUUCGAUGAGUUCAAAACAACCAUGCUUGAGCGCAAUACCACAGCGCGCUACUGUAUUUCCAAGCUCGCCAAUGCACACUACACCUCCGCCAUCGCCGAGCGACACAACGACGUCAAGUUCAUCUGCGUGCAUCCCGGGAUGGCGGCAACAAACCUUCACCAUGAGUCAACAGGCGUCUUCCUCAAGCCGUUCCUCGAUGUUGCCGUUUGGGCUUUUGCGUCGACGGUUGAAAAAGGUGCCUUGAACCAGCUAUGGGCUUCUAUCAGCCCAGAUGCAAAGACUGGAGAGUUCUAUUCUCCAGUCGGAAUACCUGGAAAGGGCUCCGAGCGCGUUCAAGAUCGCGAACUACAGGAGCAGCUGUGGAGUUGGACUCAGGAAGAACUUAAGUCGCAUAUCCAGUAGUACCUUCUCGUUAUUUAGGCAUAAUGACAUCAAGUUCU